AAAUGUUCAAAGUCUGUCGCUGGGAUGGCGAAUACCGGAAGUGUUCGGAUAUCAUCAACACAAUUUUGACAGAUGAAGGAUACUGCUGUGCGUUUAACAAACUCCCUGUCAACUACUCCCUAAGGAACUAUGAGGAGUUUGCCAAUGUCUACCCGACAAGAAUCAUCGAUUGGAAUCCGGAAGAUGGUUAUCCAAAAAGGACUCCACGAGAUGUUUAUCCUUUUCGUAGUUUUGCGCCAGGACAAAAUUUAGGAUUGUCUGUUGUGUUGGAUGCUAAUUUGAAUGAAUAUUACUGUACUACUACAAGUAGUAUAGGGUUUAAAGCGUUGUUGUCUACUCCGAUUGAGUCUCCCAAGAUGGCGGAUAUUGGUAUGCUUAUUUCGCCUGGAGAGGAAAUACGUGUUGCCAUUGAUGUGGAUAUUGAAGAUGCUACGACUGGUGUGGCUGGGAUACACUAUAGUAAAAGGCAGUGUUUUUUUGCUAGGGAGAGAAAGUUGAGGUUUUAUAGGAUUUAUACGGAGAGGAAUUGUCGGUUGGAGUGUGAAGCGAAUUUUACGUUGAUGCGAUGUGGGUGCGCGCCGUAUUUUUUACCUAGAGAUCAAUCUACGAAGGUUUGUGGUCAAAAAACUGAAUCUUGUGCGGAGGAAUCAAAAUAUAUAAUUGAACGGUACUCGAUUGAAAGAUUAAAGUGCAAUUGCCUGCCGGCAUGUUACGAAAUAAAUUACAUGGCGGUUUUGACAACUGUGGGAAAAAUAAAGAAAAAAUAUGACACUGUCGAAGAAAAAUUCAAAGGGAAUGUAACUGCUGAAUAUUUCGCAGAAAACAUGGCGGUUGUGCAUUUCUACUUCUCUAUUGAUAAAUUUCAAAAAAAGACAAAGAGUGAAAUGUAUGGAUUCCCUGAAUUUUUAUCAAAUACCGGAGGACUUUUAGGGUUAUUCCUAGGCUUCAGUUUUUUGAGUGCAGUAGAAGUGAUCUACUUUCUAUGCUUAUCUAAUGUGUGUAGAUAUGUUACAAGGAGAUAUUCUGAUAAGCACAAACCAAGAAGUGAAGUGGUAGUAUAUCCUUAUGUCAACUAACUACAAAUUGAUUAAUUAUCAGUAAAAUUUCAAUCGUUUUCAAUCGUUCAAUAGAACUAAUAAGUACUAGGUAGGCAACACACAAUACUUUUUUUAGUUACCAUAGCUCUACAUAUACAAUAUCUAGUCCAUAGAAAAAUCUACAGGAUGUCUAAACUAACCCAAAACCCUUAAAUAAUUACUUCAUGCACUCUGCAAUUCACUGAUAAGUAGAAAUGUCCAUUAUCCACUCCUGUUUCGUCACGUAGACAUUUACAUACACAGAUGCAAGCCAUUUCCAUUGAGUUAAUUACAACUGGUAGUGCUAUUGCUACUGCUGCCUGCUAGCGGCAUGUUUGAGCAUAACCCUGCCGGCGAGAACCGGCUCGCUGCGCACGUAGUGGCCUCCUGCUACUGCUGCUCCUGCGAUCAUACGAUGAGACGAGUCAUACGAGUCUAGCCUAAACCCGCCUAACCCACCAAUCCACAUCGACCGAGUACACAGAUAUUAGAAGAAGCGGAACAACCUGCAGGCGCGCAGUGUAUCCGUACCAACCGUAGACAUCACAGCGACGUGACUUCGUACUUUUUUUG